CCGCCCGCCGCGGGCUGUUCCCCUCUCGCGCCCCCUCCCGCCGCCGCAGAGCUCUGGACCCAAGAUGGCCGCCGUGUCAGUUUCGGGCUUCGCCGCCGUCCGGCCUUUGCUUCUCGGUUCCCGUCUCUCGCAGGCCUCGGCCUAAUGUUACAGCUCUUCUGAUUGUGAGUGUGCAGACCAGAAGCUGAGUGUGAAAACAAAUAAUGUUUGAGAAAGGAGGAGUCAUUCAGAACAGAAAACGUGUAUGCUAUGGUUAGCUGGUUCCCAUCACUCGAGAAUCUGUUUUCUCAUCGUGUGAAACUUGUUCAGCAUCGGGAUAAAGGAUAACGACUCUAUGGAUAUACAGAAUUCUUCACCAUGGUAAAACUCGCCAACCCGCUGUAUACAGAGUGGAUUUUGGAGGCAAUCAAAAAGGUAAAGAAGCAAAAACAGCGUCCUUCAGAGGAGAGAAUAUGCAACGCAGUGUCAUCUUCGCACGGCUUGGACCGCAAAACUGUUCUGGAACAGUUAGAGUUGAGUGUUAAAGAUGGAACUAUUUUAAAAGUCUCCAACAAGGGUCUCAACUCCUACAAGGAUCCUGAUAAUCCUGGGAGAAUAGCACUUCCGAAGCCUCGGAACCAUGGCAAACUGGAUGGUAAACCAAACGUGGACUGGAAUAAACUUAUCAAACGGGCGAUUGAGGGCUUGGCUGAGUCUAGCGGGUCAUCCCUGAAGAACAUCGAGCGCUUUCUGAAAAGUCAGAAAGAUGUGUCUGCGUUAUUUGGAGGUAGCGCUGCCUCCAUUUUUCACCAGCAAUUACGAUUAGCUGUCAAACGUGCUGUUGGCCAUGGUAGGCUCCUUAAAGAUGGACCUCUGUACCAACUCAACACUAAAGCAACCACUAAUGCUGAUGGGAAGGAGAGUUUUGAGUCUCUUUCCUGUCUCCCUCCAGUGUGUCUCCUUCCCCAUGAAAAGGAUAAGCCGGUUGCUGAACCAAUUCCAAUCUGCAGUUUCUGCCUUGGUACAAAAGAGCAAAAUCGGGAGAAGAAACCUGAAGAGCUCAUCUCUUGUGCUGACUGUGGCAACAGUGGUCAUCCGUCCUGUUUGAAGUUCUCUCCGGAGUUGACAGUUCGAGUGAAAGCUUUGCGAUGGCAGUGUAUUGAGUGCAAAACAUGCAGUUCCUGUCGAGAUCAGGGCAAAAAUGCUGAUAACAUGCUAUUUUGUGAUUCAUGUGACCGUGGCUUUCACAUGGAGUGCUGUGACCCCCCUCUUACCAGGAUGCCAAAAGGUAUGUGGAUAUGUCAAAUAUGUCGGCCACGGAAGAAAGGAAGGAAACUUUUACACAAGAAGGCAGCACAGAUAAAACGACGCUAUGCUAACCCAAUCGGACGUCCCAAAAACAGGUUAAAGAAUCAAAAUACAACAUCAAAAGGCCCUUUCAGCAAAGUUCGAACUGGCCCUGGUCGGGGUCGGAAGCGUAAGAUCGCUCUGUCUAGCCAGUCAGCAUCAUCAGAAGGAGGAUACCUGGAGCAGACAGACAUCUUGGACUUCUGCAGAGAUGGCAGCACCACCUUGAAGUUUAACAAGAAAACCAAAGGGCUUAUAGAUGGCCUUACUAAAUUCUUCACUCCCUCCCCUGAUGGACGAAAAGCUCGAGGGGAAGUGGUAGACUACUCUCAGCAGUAUAGGAUCAGGAAAAAGGGUACCAGGAAAUCUAGCACUUCAGAAUGGCCCACAGACAAUCAAGAUGGCUGGGAUGGAAAACAGGAAAAUGAGGAGCGUUUUUUUGGGAGCCAGGAUGUCUUAACUGAAAAAGACAUGGAGUUGUUUAGAGAUAUUCAGGAACAAGCACUGCAGGAUGGGUUUGUUGCUGCAAGGAAGGCAUGGGUGGAGGACUCGUUGCAGAAAGUAGGGGUGACUGGGCCUCCUGAUCCACAAGUCCGAUGCCCUUCUGUCAUUGAAUUUGGCAAGUAUGAAAUCCAGACCUGGUACUCCUCCCCAUAUCCACAAGAAUACUCGAGACUACCCAAGUUGUACCUUUGUGAAUUCUGUCUAAAGUAUAUGAAAAGCAGAACUAUUCUCCAACAGCAUAUGAAAAAAUGUGGUUGGUUUCAUCCUCCAGCCAAUGAAAUUUACAGAAAAAACAAUAUUUCAGUCUUUGAGGUUGAUGGCAAUGUCAGCACUAUCUACUGCCAGAAUUUGUGCUUGUUAGCCAAACUCUUCCUGGACCACAAGACUCUCUAUUACGAUGUGGAGCCAUUUCUUUUCUACGUGCUGACACAGAAUGAUGUCAAGGGCUGUCAUCUUGUUGGCUACUUUUCCAAGGAAAAACACUGUCAACAGAAGUACAAUGUUUCGUGUAUAAUGAUUCUUCCACAAUACCAGCGUAAGGGCUAUGGCAGGUUCCUAAUUGACUUCAGCUAUUUGCUUUCAAAGCGUGAGGGUCAAGCAGGAUCACCAGAGAAGCCCCUGUCAGACCUGGGGCGCCUCUCAUAUAUGGCUUAUUGGAAAAGCGUAAUAUUGGAGUGCCUUUAUCAUCAACGUGACAAGCAAUUAAGCAUCAAGAAAUUGAGUAAACUGACUGGGAUCUGCCCUCAAGAUAUCACUUCCACUUUACAUCACCUACGAAUGCUUGACUUCCGUAGUGAUCAAUUUGUGAUCAUUCGUCGGGAGAAACUUAUCCAGGAACAUAUGGCAAAGCUUAGAACUAAUGUCCGACCUAUAGAUGUGGAUGCAGAAUGUCUGCGUUGGACACCUGUUAUAGUUUCCAACUCAGUUGUGUCUGAAGAUGAAGAAGAAGAGACAGAGGAUGGGGAAAAUGAAGAGCAACAACAGCAGAAAGAAAAGGAUCCAGAGACCAGUAUGGUAAAAUCUGUGUCAUGGGAGAAGAAAGAGCAAGAGCCUUACUCGCCUACAGAGAGUGAAAAAAAGCCAGACAUUGUUGCUCCAGCCAAUUCUGCACGGCCAAACAAGCACAUUUUUCCCCUGGAUAGUCUUCCUGCAAACAGUCAGCCAUCACGCAGAGGUCGAUGGAACCGCAAGGGCAAAAAACUGCGGGAGCCCUUUUGUGAGAAAGAGCCAAUAUUGCCCAUUGAGGACAAAACAGCAGUUCCCAGUGGGCGAUGCAGUGAAUGUGAGGAGAAAUCGGCAGCCUCACGAGGCCGGUGCAGUGACUGUGAGGAGAAGUCAGUAGCCUUGCAGGGGAGAUGUGGUGAAUGUGAGGAGAAGUCUCCAGCCCCAAGAGGCCGGUAUGCUGAAGAUGAGGAAAAAUCUGCAGUUUCCCAGGGGCAGUAUGGCAAAGGUGAAAAAUCUGCAAUUCCCCGUCGGCGGUACAGCGAAGGUAUGGAAAGGUGGAGAGGGCAGUUGAAAAAGAACACAGAGGCGCUGAAGUGUAGAUUCCCAGAGGACUGUGACAGAUUACCCCGCCGCUACAGCGAUGGUGAUAGGGCACUUCUAAGGUGUUUCAGUGAGAGUAGUGAAGAGGAAGAUGAUGAGCCUGUGAGUCCUCGAUCAAGCUCUCCACCUGUUCUCACCAAGCCAACGUUAAAACGAAAGAAACCAAUUCUUCAUCGGAAGAGGCGAGUCCGCAAGCGUAAGCACCACAACAGCAGUGUUGUCACUGAAACAAUCUCGGAGACCACAGAAGUGCUGGAUGAACCAUUUGAGGACUCAGACUCUGAACGUCCAAUGCCCCGAUUAGAGCCUACUUUCGAGAUUGAGGAGGAGGAAGAGGAGGAGGAGGAUGAAGAGGAGGAGAAUGAACUUUUGCCCAGUGGAUACUUUCGGCACUUAGCCUCACCAGACACACUCAGGCAUAGACCCUCUUCUAAGAGGAAGUCCAAAGAUGAGGAGGAGUCUGAUGACACUAAUGGUAACCCAACUUUGAAACCGUUAUCUAUGCUGAGAAAAUGUGAAGCAAAGGAUUCUUCACUUGAGCCAGAUACUUCUACACCCAUGAAAAAGAAGAAGGGAUGGCCAAAAGGGAAAAGCCGAAAACCAGUCCACUGGAAGAAGAGACCUGGUCGAAAACCAGGUUUUAAACUGAACCGGGAAAAGGUGCCACCAUCAGUUCAGGAUGAAGGAGUUGAUGCGGUGGUAGCUAAUUCAAAACCAGGGCGUAAGCCCAAAAUUUCAGAUAAGGAAGAAAGUGUUGAGCAGAAAGAAGAGUUGCCUCUUAUUGAGGAAAGGAAAGAAGAAGAUGUGAAUAUGGAAACAGAAGAAGUGGGAGAGGGAGAAGAGGAAGAUAUAGCUGGCAGUGAAGUAAGAGCAGUUUCUCCUGUAGAUAGCAACAGCAGUCCAGUGCCAGAAGUAAAAGAGCCUGAGAUAGAAGAGGAGGUAGAGGAGAAGCCACGGGUUUUAGAAGAGCAAAGGCAAUUAGAAGAAGAACAGCAAGAACUAGACGAACCUGAGCAUGACCAUGAGGAAGAAGAGGAAGUUGCAGUAGUGACAAAUCAAAAUGAAGAUCAUGAUGCUGAUGAUGAAGAUGACGGUCAUCUGGAGUCUGUGAAGAAAAAAGAAUUGGAGGAACAGCCUGUUAGAGAAGGGGUGAAGGAGGAGCCUCAGGUGCAAGAAUGUUUUUUAGAAACAAGCAUACCAAGCAGUAGAGAAGAUGCAAAAGAAAAAGAUGAAGCAGAGGCAGAUUCUGAGGAAGAGCAGGCUUCCAAUGAGACAUCGGUGGGCUCAGAGCAUGUCCCUGGGUCUGAAGAUGAUCACGAAGAAGAGCAAAGUAACAAAGAAGGGUUGAUUGAAUUAAAGGAAGAGGAAGAGAUUCCUCAUAGUGAACUAGAUCUUGAAACUGUUCAGGCAGUCCAGUCCUUGACACAGGAGGAAAGCAAUGAGCAUGAUGUAGCUUACCAGGACUGUGAAGAAACUCUUGCAGCUUGUCAGACUUUGCAGAGUUACACCCAGACUGAGGAGGAUCCUCAGAUAUCAAUGGUUGAAGAUUGCCAGGCUUCAGAGCAUAACAGUCCAAUAUCCUCUGUUCAGUCCCACCCCAGCCAGUCUGUACGUUCUGUCAGUAGCCCAAAUGUGCCUGCUCUGGAGAGCAGUUACACCCAGAUAAGUCCUGAACAAGGAUCCCUGUCCGCACCCUCUAUGCAGAACAUGGAGACCAGCCCCAUGAUGGAUGUGCCUUCAGUAUCGGACCACUCUCAGCAGGUGGUGGAUAGUGGCUUCAGUGACCUUGGCAGCAUUGAGAGCACUACAGAGAAUUAUGAAAACCCCAGCAGCUAUGACUCCACUAUGGGAGGCAGUAUUUGUGGAAAUAACUCUUCCCAGAGCAGCUGUUCCUACGGAGGACUGUCGUCUUCUAGCAGCCUCACUCAGAACAGUUGUGUUGUCACUCAGCAAAUGGCAAACAUUGGCAGCAGUUGCAGCAUGAUGCAGCAAAACACUGUCCAGCCUGCAGCAAACUGCAAUAUCAAGUCACCUCAGAGCUGUGUAGUAGAAAGGCCUCCGAGUAACCAGCAACCAACAACACAGCCACAACAGCAACAGCCUCAGUCACAGCAGCCGCAGCCCCCGCCACCACCCCAGCAGCAACCUCCACUGUCGCAGUGUAGCAUGAACAACAGCUUCACCCCAGCACCUAUGAUCAUGGAAAUACCUGAAUCAGGAAGCACUGGUAACAUAAGUAUCUAUGAGAGGAUUCCGGGGGAUUUUGGUGCUGGGAGCUAUUCACAGCCGUCAGCCACGUUCAGUUUAGCCAAAUUGCAGCAGCUGACAAACACCAUUAUGGACCCUCAUGCCAUGCCUUAUAGCCAUUCUCCUGCUGUGACUUCCUAUGCAACCAGCGUUUCUCUGUCCAACACAGGACUGGCUCAGCUAGCUCCCUCUCAUCCGUUAGCAGGCACACCACAAGCACAAGCCACUAUGACACCCCCUCCAAACCUGGCGUCCACCACCAUGAACCUCACAUCACCUCUGCUUCAGUGUAAUAUGUCUGCUACCAAUAUUGGUAUUCCACACACACAGAGGUUGCAGGGGCAAAUGCCGGUCAAGGGGCACAUUUCCAUCCGCUCUAAAUCAGCACCACUGCCCUCUGCAACUGCACACCAGCAGCAGCUCUACGGCCGCAGCCCACCCGCAGUUGCCAUGCAGGCUGGUCCUCGUACGUUAGCUGUUCAGCGGGGUAUGAACAUGGGAGUCAACCUCAUGCCGACCACCCCUUACAAUGUUAAUUCCAUGAAUAUGAACACCCUGAAUGCCAUGAACAGCUACAGAAUGACGCAGCCUAUGAUGAACAGCAGUUACCAUAGUAACCCUGCCUACAUGAACCAGACAGCACAGUAUCCUAUGCAGAUGCAGAUGGGAAUGAUGGGGAGCCAGGCCUAUACCCAGCAGCCUAUGCAGCCAAAUCCUCAUGGGAACAUGAUGUACACUGGCCCCUCCCAUCACAGCUACAUGAAUGCUGCUGGAGUGCCCAAGCAGUCUCUCAAUGGACCAUACAUGAGAAGAUGAGCAAGAUGAACUUGCAUCCUAAAAACUGAAAUAUAUAUAAAUAAAGGAACCUUUUAUACUGACGAACCAGAGAAAACGGACCUUUUUCCAGUAAAAAUAUUGCUGUAGAUUUAGAGGGAUUUUCUUUGGUUUAUUUUAUUUUUUAGGAAGCCUGGUCUUUAUUUUUUGGAUUUUUUUUGUUUUGUGUUUUGUUUUCUUCACAAUCCUGAAACAUUUUACAGCUAAAAUCAUUUACAGAUGUUUUUUAGAGGGGAAAACAUGCACAAAAUCUUUUCAUAAUUUUAAAAGAGCCUUACUUUGCUGACAAUGUGGACAGAAUAUGUGUAACAGUGAAAUCAUCUUUCUAAAUUUUUUUCAAAUGUAUGUCCUUCUCCCUCCCCUGUGCCCCUCUGUACGCAGCUUCUAGUGCUGCAGUCAUGUAAAAUGUUUGACAUCUCAAAGAAUAACUCUUCCCUCUAAACCCCACCUAGCAUUUCCUACUUCUAGCAGGAGGCACUUAUUGGGAGACUUGGAAGGGGACACAGAGGAUAAAUGAAGCUCUUUAUUUCUGCAAGUCAGGAAAAAAUUUUAAUCUUUUAACUUUCCCUGACUGUCUCGCCCUCAGUACAAUUUGGAGUUACAUGUAAACAAUAAGCUAUUCACAUUGGUGUUUUUGUAGAUGAGUUAAUUGAAAUUGUAUGUUUCAUGCUGAAAAUAUGUAAUUUUAAAAUGAUCCCGUUCACCACCCAGACAUGCAUGUGCACACACACGUGCAUGCAUGCGCACAUGUUCUGUCACUCUGAACUACUGGAAGCAUCUCAAGAGAGAACCGUUUGUAUCUCAUAUGCAGUCGUGAGGAGGAUGGGGUGGUUAAUGGUCUCUUAGGACAAGAAAACGGCUGCAGGCUCUUCUGGUGAACUGCAAGUCAGCCACAACUCUGAGAUCCUAAACUCUGCUUUAGUAUGUACUUCGAAAUGCCAAGGGUCUUGGUUCUGAGCCUUGGAGUCAGGCUGAGCUCAAAAGCAGCUGUUUCCAGUGGUCUGCCUCUUAAUCUCUUUACGUAGGUAAUCUUGGAAUAGAAAGUGUGCGUUUUAAGUGACUUGACGAGUACCCUGUGGUGUCCUUGUCACUCUUCCAUUCCUGGUAUGGCGUAGGAAGUUGCUGAAUGUGCCAUGCUCUGGGGGAGUCGGUGAUGUUUUCCCCGAUCCUCCCACUAUGUUUGAGACCCGUUUUAUAGGAAUAGCCACACUUUUAUCUAGUGUGGGAAAAGAAGGGAAUCGGCCUGUUUUAUAGGAGUGAAACAGUGCAAACAUCAUAGUAGGACGCAGGCAGCAAGUUCUUGCUGUUUGUUGCUGCAUAAUCCAAUUUACACUCUUUUUUGGCUACACUGCUGGCAUGUCACCCAAUACAAAAAGGGAUACCCUUUAAUGUAAAGUUCUUUUUUUAUUGUAUAUGAAGUAGAAAUACAGACACAUUAAUAAGACUAAUUUCUUUUGUUUUUAAACCAAAAGAGUCUAAAAGAAAGUUGGGGUUUCUUCAGAUGCACUAAAAUGGACUUUCCUCCAAUAACUGCUAACCGUAAAAGGCAGAAUUCAAAGGACUUCCACUUUUUAUUUCUGUUUAGUUUUGAGCAUGUACAAGGCUGUGUAGGACCCCAUUUCUCUGUAUAUACUAUUCCAGUUCCAAAUAACCCAUGUAGAAAGCGCACUGUGCUGCCCUCUCCUUCCUAGAUCUUCAGCUGUGUCACUGCUUCCUGGUUGCUGGGGGGUGGGGGGUGGGGGGUCCAAGACAGGAGGAGAAGCUGUUGAAACGAGGGCCGUGAAUUUAGUUUGUUUGCUGUUACGUUUGGUUUGGUUUUGUAUGGUUUUUUUAUCAAUUGGGCAGCUCCCUUUUCCACAAGCCUUUGUGAUUGUAGAACUAUUGUAGAAAAAAAAAAUGUUCUUUUCUAUAUAUAAAAAGAAAUUAUCCAACGCAGUAAUAUUGGUACCUACCAUUUUUUCACUUCUGUUUAAAAAAAAAAAAAUAUGUAUUUUUAGCAAGAUAACUUGGGUAAUCUUCUAAAAGAAAUUAAAAAAAUCUCACUGUUAGUGACUUUGAUGCCUUUUAAAAAUAAGAGCUUUUUCAUUUCAUUCCAUCUUUAAAAUUUUUUAUCUUUGUUGUAGAAUAUUAAAAACUAUUUUAAGAAAGAUAAAAAUUCUCUUUAAAGAGAUCUCUAGAGUGUGUGAAUAGGAGCUCCAGAUGCCUCUAAAAGCCGCAUGUACAAAUGAAGCUGAGUCUAUUCCUGUCUGUUUAUAUUUGCUUUUCCUGUUUUGUAACCUCUUUGUACUUUGUUCAUGGUGACUUGUAAGCUAAGGGGAAGGGGUGCCUAGAUGCCUUUGUAAUUCUCCAUGUCAUACGCUCCUGGCUGGAUGGUCUCCCUUCCUCUCCUUGUAUGUAAUAUCACUUUUUUUUCCCCUUUCUAGCAAGUACUUUCAAAAGAACUCUGUACAUUUUAACAUAAAAAAUAAAUUAUGUUGAGCCAUUUUGGA